AUGAAUAGAAUAUGUUGUCGACUCCUGCAGCUACGGCUAUCAAACGCGAGAACCCAACUCAAUGGUUCGAUCCGGAACAGUAGUGUGGCAGCAGUCGGGAACAAUGUUAAAUCUGCUGAGGAGACCGCCGAUCAGGAUAGAAAUGUUCCAGAAACUGUAGAACAGGAAGGAGAGCUUAUAUCCAUGUCUUCCGACCUGUUCUAUACCAGGACUCUCACAGUCCACGAGGCCUUCAGACGGUUCCGUCCUCCCCGACAUGCCUGGUUACACAGCUUUACAGAUCUCAGCAAGCGGGGGCUAGUGGAGCUGCACCCGGUGGUGUUCAGCGCAAACCCUCGGAUAGACCUUAUCCACGAGACAGUAAAGUGGCAAGAUCAGUGUGUCAGAGAGGAUGAGAUCGCUUACAUGAGGAGUGAACUGCCGGGGAGUGGCAGGAAGUUGCGACCUCAGAAGGGUACCGGUGCAGCCAGGAUGAAGGAUAAAAGAGCCCCUCACUUCAAGUUUGGAGGCAGACCCCUCGGUAGGAGACCUCGUGACCAUGGUUAUGAUAUUGAUCUCAACGUACUUGCUGCUGGUUUCUCAGCAAUAUGUACCUCAAAACACGCACAAGGUGACUUCUAUCUAGUGGACAGUCUACAAAACUUCACGAUCCCCUCACUGAUAGGAUUUAAAGAGUUGCUCAACACUGAGAGUGUUCUGUUUGUGUCCGGGUAUGAAGGACUGAGCGCUUCUCAGAACACAGAAAUCUGUUUUCAUCCAGGUGUAGACCUGCUCACCUCAGAGACAGUACACCCCAAAGCAAUAUUACAACACACCAAGCUGGUGAUGGACUAUGCUGCGUUUACUCAACUGGAGAGUUGGGUCCUGGAGCUGGGGCAGGAACACACGUUAGUGGAGGAGUUAGGGUCCUGGAGCUGGGGCAGGAACACACGUUAGUGGAGGAGUUAGGGUCCUGGAGUUGGGGCAGGAACACACGUUAGUGGAGGAGUUAGGGUCCUGGAGCUGGGGCAGGAACACACGUUAGUGGAGGAGUUAGGGUCCUGGAGUUGGGGCAGGAACACACGUUAGUGGAGGAGUUAGGGUCCUGGAGCUGGGGCAGGAACACACGUUAGUGGAGGAGUUAGGGUCCUGGAGCUGGGGCAGGAACACACGUUAGUGGAGGAGUUAGGGUCCUGGAGCUGGGGCAGGAACACACGUUAGUGGAGGAGUUAGGGUCCUGGAGCUGGGGCAGGAACACACGUUAGUGGAGGAGUUAGGGUCCUGGAGCUGGGGCAGGAACACACGUUAGUGGAGGAGUUAGGGUCCUGGAGCUGGGGCAGGAACACACGUUAGUGGAGGAGUUAGGGUCCUGGAGCUGGGGCAGGAACACACGUUAGUGGAGGAGUUAGGGUGCUGGAGCUGGGGCAGGAACACACGUUAGUGGAGGAGUUAGGGUCCUGGAGCUGGGGCAGGAACACACGUUAGUGGAGGAGUUAGGGUCCUGGAGUUGGGGCAGGAACACACGUUAGUGGAGGAGUUAGGGUCCUGGAGCUGGGGCAGGAACACACGUUAGUGGAGAAGUUAGGGUCCUGGAGCUGGGGCAGGAACACACGUUAGUGGAGGAGUUAGAGUCCUGGAGCUGGGGCAGGAACACACGUUAGUGGAGGAGUUAGGGUCCUGGAGUUGGGGCAGGAACACACGUUAGUGGAGGAGUUAGAGUCCUGGAGCUGGGGCAGGAACACACGUUAGUGGAGGAGUUAGGGUCCUGGAGCUGGGGCAGGAACACACGUUAGUUGAGGAGUUAGAGUCCUGGAGCUGGGGCAGGAACACACGUUAGUGGAGAAGUUAGGGUCCUGGAGCUGGGGCAGGAACACACGUUAGUGGAGGAGUUAGGGUCCUGGAGCUGGGGCAGGAACACACAUUAGUUGAGGAGUUAGAGUCCUGGA